GCGACAAAACCGCUGCCUCCUGAUUCAAACACCCCAAGAAAACACACCGCAUGGACCGCUCUGAUUGGCCGAGGCUGUAGCCAAUCACGGCUCGGGAGUGCAAGGUGCCUUUAGGUUAUACCCAAACCCCAAAAAUCACAGAGAGAGAGAAAGAGAGAGAGAGAGAGAGAGAGAGAGAGAGUAGAGUAGUGCAGAGGAUCCUCCGGUGAAGCUUCACCUCAGCUCUAUUCGCUGUUUGUUCCUGCCGCUGAACUGAGCGUCGAGCAGCGACUACAUUAGCGGCUGACAUGCAGUAGAAUCUCAAGCGCGUGUUGCAGCAGGACCGGCGUGCUUCUCCUCCGGCUACGACGUGAACUCGAGAUCACAGCCUUGCAAAAAGCAGCAGGAGAGGAGCGACGACAGCUGGAGGCAAAAGUAAAGCUUGUCAUGUCGGAGGCUUCUUACGCAUUGAUGCUGAGUUUUGAGAGAGGCGCGCUUGAGCUUUAGCACACUUGAGAGGAGACGAGAAGGACGACAUUGUGGACAAGAAGAAGUUCCCCGUGGAAGGCUUGAGGAUGAUCUUAGGAAGUAUAAACCGAGCGGGGCCGGUCCCUGCCUUCCUCAGGAGCCCAGCCGUCCUCUCACCUUCCCCUCUGGACAUGAAGCCCUUCCUACAAUUCCCCCUGGAGUCGCCACACCCUGCAACUCUGGGUCUCUUCCCCAACUUUAAUACAAUGGACCCGGUCCAGAAGGCAGUAAUGACGCACACCUUCGGGCAUCCCAUGGCGAGGACAAAGCGCCCAAUCAUCUCCUGCAAUGUCUGUCAAAUUCGGUUCAACUCGGAGAGUCAGGCAGAGGCUCACUACAAGGGCAACCGACACGCUCGCAGGAUCAAGGGCAUAGAGACGUCCAAGACAGGUCGUCUUCAGGAUGGCGACAAGCAGCACUCUCCCCCCACCACUUCACCCUCACCGUCGGGUCCCUCACCAUUCAACCUGGAUCCUGACCCGAAUAAGCAGGACGACACCCAAUCCCGUGCCAACUCUGAGUCACCUUUGACCCCGAGCCGCAUCUCGACACCCACAGUGAGCUCAGCCGAAGCAGCGUGUCCCUUCUCGGAGUCGACGGGCGCACCUUUGCCAUCCUCCCCCUCGCCGGCCGCCAUUGACAGCGCGCCACUAGCGGACUCAGCAGGGGCGCUGCUGCCUGACAACCCGUCUCCGGCUCCCAGCCCUCCCUCUGGAGAGUCUGAGGAAGAGAAAGCCAAGAAGCUUCUCUACUGCUCCUUGUGCAAAGUUGCAGUUAAUUCCCUCUCACAGCUGGAGGCCCAUAACAAAGGUACAAAACACAAAACAAUUUUGGAAGCACGGAGUGGACUGGGGCCCAUUAAAGCCUACCCACGUCUGGGUCUGAAAGGCACCCCUGAGCAGGGCGGGGAGCUGUCGUCUGACUCCAACACUCAGGAAAGAACCUUCCACUGUGAGAUCUGCAAUGUCAGAGUCAACUCUGAGCUACAGCUUAAACAGCAUAUUUCCAGCCGGAGGCAUCGAGAUGGAGUUGCGGGGAAACCCAAUCCUCUACUGAGUCGUCACAAGAAGCGUGUUGACUUCAUGGAACUUCCAAAAACUCUGGGGGCGGGGCUCUUACCAAAUCCUCUGGCCGUUGCGGCAGCCAUGGCUGCUGCGGCAUCCUCAAAUCACCUGGCACUGCGACCACCUGGCCCGCCAACCCACCCCCAUCACCACCUGCUACAGGGGGCACCCCUUAGCCUGCUGAGGCCCGCCCCGGGGCCCAUUCGCACUACGCACGGGCCAAUUCUCUUCACUCCGUACUGAAUGCGCGAGCCUAAGGAGGAGUCAGUCAGAAGCACACUGUGAAGCCGCAAGCUCAACCCAGGUGGCGUUCCAUUUGAGUCAAGCUAGUGAGCGACGCUUAAUGGUGCAUACUGUAGUUGCAGACUACCGCUGCUGUUGCGCUAACAGGCAGAGCCAGAAGUAUUUGACGACCCGAGAGACAACAUACAUUUUCAUCUUUCCCAACUGCCCUGAAUCGAUAAAAUACCAACAAAUCACCGAUCAUCACCCUGCAAAGACAAAGAAGUGGACUAUUAUAUGGACUCUCACUUUGCAGCUGGCUUCACCGCUGAAUUCCAAACCCUACCUCUUCAACAAUUCGAAUUUUCUCCACAUCCGAUGCAUCAAUUUCAUAAGAAAAAAAAAAAAGCCCGCUGGGUUCCAUAUCGUGAUCUCCUCUGAUAUUAGCUGUUAGCAAUCACUGUGUACUGGGUCCCCCACUUUUUUGUGGUCGAUGAAUUUGUGUUGCUGCUGGAGUCUCCUGCAACAUUUCUCUGUACUGUAUGUCUAGAUCUUCCCAGCUGGCUUAGGGGGUCUGUACGUACCUCUGUGGGACACAAACGGGGGUGUAAAAGAGGAACACAAUAUACAAUACGUCUUAAAGAAGAUAGUCAAUGAAGCACCUUAACCAUGUCAAUGGGUUGUUGGCAAAGUUGUAGUUGUGGUGAAGAAGUACUAUGCAGCUAUCAGUGUUUAUAUUCGUGGUCUGAUUAGAUGUUGGAGAAAAGGAAAAAAAAAAGUUAAAACAAUAUCAGGGAAGACUAGGCAAGUAUCUUUAGGUUUAGGUCUACAUGUUAAUUGUCAGAUAAAACCCCAGAUUUGAUUCCCCAGAUUUUCCCUGGUGACUUGUGCUUAAAAAAAAAAUAAUGUGAGUAGGCACUGGGGUAAACGUCUGCAUGUAAUGUUAAAUGCAUUUAAAAUGCUUUAAUUCACCUUUCACUGCACAAAACAGAAAAGUUUCAGUAUCUCAGAGAAAGACUUUCAACACUGUGAGCACAGCAGGUCAAUGAGGGAGGAAUACAAUAGAAGCUAUUUGCAAUAUGGACAUAUGCAGCUCAUAAACACACACAAGUAGACGUAAAUACAAACGUAAAUAUUAUAAUAAUGGACAUAUAAUGAUAAUAAUAGUAAUGAUAAUAUGUUCUAAAAAUAUAAAAACACUAGCGUAAUGUUAUACAUACAUAAGGAACACAAGCACACGCAAACACACACACAGACACACACACACACACACACACACACAAGUAGCAAAAACAUCCUUUUAGAUAGCUUUGCAGGUGUGUGGUAGGAUAAAGCAAUGGUUUGUUUGCUCUGCUUGGUGAUCCAACAUGACUUUGAAGAAUCCCAAUGAAAACUGUCACGGCAGCAUGUCACACAUUAGUGGGAAACUUCAGCAAACAGAAACUAGCAAUACUUUCUGCUCUAUUUUUUAUGUGAAUGCAA